AUGAGUGGAGGUAAAGAAUUCGGUCACUUGGGUGAUGUCAAAAAACAUGUCGAUGAAAAAUCAUCAAAAGAUGAGAACAAGAAGCCUUUAGGUAAAGUUGAAGGUAAUGCCGGCAAGGUAGAAGGAAAGUCGGGUAAGGUAGAAGGUAAUGCUGGAAAGGUAGAAGGUAAUGUCGGUAAAGUAGAGGGCCAGGUUGGAAAGGUAGAAGGUAAUGUCGGUAAGGUAGAGGGCCAGGUUGGUAAAGUGGAAGGUCAAUUGGGUAAAGUUGAAGGUCAAGUUGGCAAAUUUGAAGGUGAUUCCAAACCAAAGAAAAAUUAA